AUGGCGACGCACCUGCACCUCACUCACUCUCACUUCUUCCUCCUUUCUUACAAACUCCUCUUAACCGCCACUCCAGAACCUCGCCUUUGUCAAUUCGAGAUCCGUCACCGCCGCUGCCUCCUCGUCACAGAUUGUGCUUCGUCACCGAAUGAAACAAGAGUUGCCAGUAGGAAACCGGCGAGGACCAAUGCAGAUCUCUGCAACGAUUUACGAGAAUUUAUGUCCGAUGCUGGGUUUCCUGACGGACAGUUCCUUCUUUGA